AUGCGCCCACCACGUUUGCUCCUUGUCGUUUUCUGCCUCAUCUUCCUUCCUAUCCUGCUCACAUUCUUUUCGGCGGUCACAUCUUCACCUCGGGUAUCCACGCCCAGUUCGCUCGCGGGUCGAGCAACGGGACUGCAUGCCCUUUUCUCCUUCAACAUCCCCUCGUCUCUCUUCCCGCCAUCCGCCAUAAUCAGCCUUACCGAUGAUAACUCGACCUUUUUCUUGGCCCGACCUGCAGCGUUUGGCCCUUUGCUUCCGGACAAGGGACUGAGCGGCCAACUAUGGAUCGGUAGCGGCUUUGGAGAACGAACGGCGGCUGGAGCGGAAGGGGAGUUGGGAUGCUCAGAUAUCCCGGGUUGGGGAGAGGGCGAUAGCCCGAAGCCGGGUGCGGGCGCAGAUAACGCACUGGGGAAAUCAGGGUCUACUCCUGGCAAUGAACCGACCGUCUCACAAGGCCAUCGACAUGCAAAUCCCCAGCCGGAUGCCGACCUCCAGCACGACUCCAAAACCAAAACAACAUCCCCGUUGACGAACGACGGUACGGAUGAUCAUCUCCACCAUCCUCUUCCCGAGUCAAAAGUAUCCGAUCCGGGGAGUAUAGAAAGGCACGGGGAGCACUACCCUAACCGGCAAGCUGCACAUGCGGAUAUUCAAUCCUUGCAGGAAAGCGCCGAGAUCGACGGCAAAGUCGUCCUACUGAGUAGGGGCGGCUGUGGCUUCUUGGAGAAGGUCAAGUGGGUCCAGCGACGUGGAGGUAUCGCUCUGAUUGUGGGGGACGACACUCGAGGAGGAAGCCUCGUCACCAUGUAUGCACGGGGUGACACAUCCAAUGUGACGAUCCCCGCCUUGUUCACCUCCCACACCACGGCACAUCUGCUGUCGUCCUUGGUCCCUCCGCAAGGGGAGGACUCGGGCGCAGACGAUGGAUCUGGACCCCACACUAAGAUUUCGAGUCACGGCAGCACCGGCAAGCAACGCAUAGACGCAACAGCAACUACCUCCGUCAUUCCGUCACCCACCUCCAGUCACAAGGCCGUGACUCAUGACAGCGCGGUUCCUGCGAGACCGAAGUCCGGGUUCUUCCACGCCCUGCUAUCGUUGUUCGGUCUCGGCAACCAUGGUGGACCCGCGUGGUAUCCACCGGAAGACAGCCGUCGCCCGCCAAGCAGCGGAAACAUCAACUGGAUUCUCCUAGAUCAUUGGGACGACCAGGAGCCGUCCCAGGACGACGUUGAGCGCAAGAGCUCCCGGACAAAAGCCGACGGGGCAGCCGAAAACCACAAGAAAUCCGGCGCGCAGUCGAGCAGUACGGACGGCGAUGGAUUCGUUAUCGGGGUGCAGGACUGGCGAGAUCCAGACCUCGUAGUUCCGAAGGGCAGCGCCCUUCCGUCACCUACCAGUACCACCGAAACAGACGGCAGCAAAGUGCAGACUAGUGUUAAGGGAUCGCAUCCCACGUCCGCUACCUUAAAGGGUGGCAGCAUCACUCCAGGGAGUGGGGAAUAUCGCACCGUGGAGAAGUCCAGCAUCGAGAAGGAAUCGAAGAUGAAGGACUUUGGUCGCAAACCUCCGCUCGAGGAUGUAAAGAAAGGAUCCUCUUCCCAGCGGACCAGCUGGUUUUCUCGGCAUUUCCUUUGGGCAACGGACGAUGAGCCGGAUCUCAACCCAAGUCCCCGCGUUCACGGGCAGAUGGCCGAAGACCAGGAACUCCACGAAGCGACUUCUCAGAGUCGCCAGGGCGUUAAUGCAGCAGAACAUGACGGCUUAUGGGUCACACUAACGCCAACAAGCAUGUCGACAAGUCCUUUCUUUGAUACCCUGCUCGUCCUGGUCGUCAGCCCGUUGCUCACAUUGACCGUUGUUUAUGUGCUUUUGUUGCUGCGGUCUCGUAUCCGGCGGAGACGGUGGCGCGCCCCAAAGUCUCUCGUUGAUCGCCUUCCUGUACGAACCUACCAUACUAUCACAACUUCUUCCUCCGGGACCAGCUCUCCACGAUCCGUCAGCCCUGGUCCGGUGUCGCCGACUUCGCCAUUGUUGGGCGCUAAGAGUCGUUCGGGACGUGCUCGACUAGCCUCCCGGUCCCAACAGGAAUCACAUGCCAACGAAGCGACGAGUGCAUCGAAGAUGUCAUCAUCGCGGAAGGAGAAGUCUGGAACCUCGACUCUAUGGCGACGGAAGUACACCGGUCGACAAGUUGAGUGCGUGGUGUGCCUGGAGGAAUAUGUUGAUGGGCAAAGCAGGGUGAUGAGUCUGCCCUGUGGCCAUGAGUUCCAUGCGGAGUGCAUCACGCCUUGGCUGACAACCCGCCGGCGAACCUGUCCUAUCUGUAAAGGCGACGUGGUCCGGUCAAUGUCUCAGAACAAAGCUGCAGAGACCCACGAGUCAACAGAGCCUUCGAUUGAGGAUGAAUACCGCCACGACUUGGAUUCUCAGCAUAGCGCAUCGUCGGCGCCGGUGCCGAUCGCCGGGGUGAGUGAGGACGAAACGUCGGACCUCGAGCGUCAUGCUGGAUCCGAGGCGGGCCUGGUCGAGGGACAAGCAUCGUCGGCGCCGCCGAGUUGGAGGAACUUUGCAGCUCUGAGUUACUCUGCUCUUAGUGGUGAUACGAUCUGGCAUCAGGCUCAGACGGAAGGCAGCCGGUGA